UAAAGUUAAAAAUGGAUCAGGAACCAGAGGUAACACCUGAAGAAAAGCAGAAAUACAUUGAGGAACUACAGAAAUUCACUCAAGAUGUUGAUGAACAAAUCAAAGAGUUGUGCUCCUUUUAUGGAUACGAUUUUGAUGAAAUAAACAAAUAUAGAGAACCGUUUAUGAUGUGCCCUUUUAAUUCAGGACAUCGUGUACCAGAAAGAAGUAUGGAAAGGCACCUUGCACAGUGUGAAUGGAACACCUUAGGAUAUACUAAGGAUUGCAAGCCACUUCCAGAGUCAGCACUACCUUUGCAGUCACAAUCGACAAUUAAAUUUGAUAUGGAACUUCAACACAAAGUACUACAGGAAGCAAAAAGAAAAAAUCCUGAACUGAAUAUUGGUGAUGAAGAAAAAUUAAUUCCUAUGACAUCAGACAGACUUAUGAGUGACUUUACAGUUGACGAGAGAAGAGCAAUGUACGAUUAUGUUGUUGCCAACACUAUUGCUCCAGAUAGUGGCAAAGAUGUAACUGACAUCGAAAACAUUGAGAAAAAAGAAGAAAGAAAUACAACCAUAUUGGAGCUUUUGCAGCAAGAAAGAAAUUUGAAGAGGCGCCGAGCUAAAUACAGAGGAGUUCAUACUAACAAAAAAACCCACACUGAAAUUUUAAGGGAAGUCGUUGAGCAGCAAAUGGAAAUGUAUAAAGAUUAUAUUUCAGCAAAGUACGGUAUUCCUGACGCUUCGGAUGACAAAAGUUGCUACUCGGAUUCCUAUUCUAAUGAUGACAAACAUAAGCAAAAAGAUGAUGUGGUGGACUGGGACAAGAGUUCCAAGUUUUCUUCAAAGCACAAAAGUUAUGACACUUCAAGGGACAAAAGUUUAAAAAAACACUACGAUGAGGAUUACAACAGUUACAAACAUUUUAGUCGUUACAAAGAUUAUGAUUAUGAAAACUCUUCAAGGGUCCAAGACUCGCGUAAAUAUUCUGGUCGUCGUGAAUCUCGGGACAAACAUCAGAGUAGAAAGCGCGAUAGAAGUGAUUCUCGUAAUAACAAGGAAAGGUACAGUUCAUAUGAUCGGAAACGCCGCAGUAGAUCAGAGGAGAGCAAACUAAAAAAAAGUAAAAUCAGUGAACAGAGACCAGAUGAAGAAUCUAAGGAUGAGUCUAACAGGCUUAGCAGAAGUCGUUCAAGGGAAAGAAAACGUGAUGGUGAGCGAAUGCGAAAAUAUGAAAAGUAUUAUCAAAAACAAAAACUUGCUGAAUCUUUCAUACCUGUUGAAUACACAUGCAAAUUGCAGAUUGCUCUCAGGGGUGGAUGUGACUACAAACUGCAGCUUCAGGAAUAUUUUAAUUUCUGGCAAAUUCUUGCUUCUUAUUUGACAUAA